AGCAAGGAGGAGCCGAAUUUUCACAACUGUGGUCGUGCUGAGGAAGUUGAUACAUCGAUAUGAUUUCUACAUGGUUGGAGUAGCACAACGAGGAAGUUGCAGGGUGAGUUAGCUAGAGAGGGAUGGGAUCAAAAUCAAACAUUCCGUGCCGCGCGGGAGCACGACACAUAUCUAAAUAAGAAAAGUAAUGAGUCGUGCAAACAAAUUGUUUGGCGAUAAAGCCUUUGAAUUGCUAAAGGACCUCGAAAGGUCCUCUCAAAGCAUUCCAGCUUUUGAUGACGACGGAGUGCGCCAAGUACUUGAGGAGAUAAAGGCUAUUUUCGAGGAGAACGUCGCUCAGGCAUCCAGCUACACCUCAGGCGAUCGGAGUUUGUGGCCGCUGUUAAAUUAUAGGCAUGCGGCGUUGCAGCGGAACAAACGUUGUUUGCUGGCUUACUUGUACGAGCGAAGUAAACGCAUUAAAGCGCUACGCUGGGAAUUUGGACCAAUUAUACCUAGUGAUAUUAAGCAGGCCCUGUGCGAGCCAGAGGUACAGUUUUUUAACAACUACUCCAAAUCGUUGGCGGCUUACAUGUGCAUCGCUGGCUGCAGCCAGGGCCACGGUAUAGAUCUGACAAAUAAUCUACGCCCUCCCAAAUCUCUGUACAUUGAGGUGCGCUGCAUGGAGGACUAUGGAAAAUUUGAACUGGAUGAUGGAGAGUUAAUCCACUUGAAGAAGAACAGUCAACACUAUUUGCCGCGGGCCCAGGUGGAGUCUCUUGUGCGGCAGGGCAUACUGCAGCACAUAGCUUAAUAAUAAAGACUAAUUUAUUUAAAAACAUUGAAUAAAUAAUAAAUGUUUUUAUAGAUCCGUG